AUGGGGUCAUUAUUAACGGGUGUGCUCACCGCCUUGCCUCUCAUCACUUCAGCGUGGGCCGAAGACGUUCUUUACAGUCAACGGCGCCUUGAGAAGCGAUAUAUUGAUGGGAACGGCAACUGGAAUCAAUCCUUCUUCCACAUCAACGACGUACAUGCUCACCUAGACGAGUUCCGGUCUUCGGGAACGGACUGCACGAAUGCCAGCGUUGGAUGCUAUGGCGGCUAUGCUCGCGUUUCUACCGCCAUCAACCAGCGGCGACCCGUUCUCAACUCCAGCUUGUUCCUCAAUGUCGGAGACGAAUUUCAGGGCACGCUGUUCUACACCUACUACGGCGGCGAGAAGAUCGCCGAGACGAUCAAUCAGCUUGGCUUCGACGGCAUGACUCUCGGAAACCAUGAAUUCGACGCGGGCGACGACAAAUUAGGGGAGUUCCUCCAGAAUCUCACUUUUCCUAUCAUAUCAGCCAACAUCCAGUCUGACCAUCCCGUUCUCAACAAAACGAUCAAGCCCUAUCACAUCUACGAGGAGUUCGAACUGGCCGUCAUUGGCGUCACAACGGAGACAACACCAGGUAUUUCCAGUCCUGGCGAGGGCACGACCUUCUCGGACCCUGUCGAAGCAGUUCAGAAUACUGUGGACCUCAUUCGCACCACUACGAACAUCACCCGCAUCGCGGCCAUCACGCAUAUCGGAUACGAAGAAGACCAAGCUCUGGCUCAGAACACGACAGGACUGUACCUCAUCAUGGGAGGCCACAGCCAUACACCACUCGGCGAUUUCGAGGGCGCCGAAGGCCCUUACCCUACAAUUGUGCAGAAUCUUGACGGCGAGGAGGUGUUCAUCGUGACCGCUUACCGAUGGGGCGAGUACCUGGGAUACAUCGACGUGACCUACGACUGUGACGGCAAAAUCCUAGAAUAUCACGGAGGCCCAAUCCAUCUCGACAACAAGACCUCGCAAAACGCGACCCUCCAGGCACAGAUCAAAUCCUGGCGAGGUCCGUUCGAGGAAUUCGCCGCGGAAGAAGUCGGCACCACAAACGUCGAAUUAGAUCAAACGACAUGCCAGGAGCAAGAGUGUCUUCUCGGCGACUUCAUGUCGGAUGCUAUGCUCUCGUACCGUCUCAACACCAGCGAUACCGCCGACUUCGCCAUCAUCAACGCUGGAGGCAUCCGCGCGACGAUUGACGCUGGACCCAUCACGCGCGGCGAAGUCCUGACGUCUUUCCCAUUCGGCAACAGCGUCGUCGAGGUCGAGCUGAGCGGUGAGGAUCUCUGGAAGGUCCUGGAAGGACUCUGCUCUGGCGUCAGCGAGUUCAACGGCGAAGAAGUCACCAGCUUCUUCCAAAUCAGCCGGGGCAUCACCGUGCAGUGGAACCCCGACGCCGCCGUCGGCAGCAGACUCGUCAACGUCACCGUCGGCGAUGCCGCGUUGGAUGAGACGGCGACGUACAAUAUCGUCACGCUCGACUUUCUCGCUGGAGGUGGCGACAACAUUUUCCCGGAGUUUAGCGAGAUCGCUACGCUCGAUACGCAGGAUGUGGUCCUUACUAAUUAUAUUAUCGAACAGUCACCGGUCGAUAUCCAGCUUGAUGGCCGGAUCUCUGUUGUUGGGGGUGGGAAUUCGACUUCGAGAUAG